UAAAGAGAGAAGAACAGAAAUGGCGAAUGAAUGUGGUGGAAUCGGACCGGGUUCGAUCUUGGCGAUUGUGGUCGUUGCGAUGAUGUUACUGUUCGUUCCUUUGAUGAUUGGACCGGUGGCUCCACCAACUCCUCCACUUAUCUUGGUGUUUCCGAUCGUCUUGCUCUUUGUGUUUCUCUAUCUUCAUUUUACUUCCAAGUGAAAUCUCUUUUUUUUUUUUUUUCUUCAAUGAUUAUUAUGUAGUAUCCGUAUGUAUGUAUAUAUUUUCCAGAUUACAAUGAUAUCUGUGUU